AUGGCAAAACAACAAUCAACAGCAACACAAAUCCUCAGAACCUCGAUCUACACAUUCCUCCAACAAUUCCAAUUCUUCACGUCCACGCCCGCCUUCCUCGCCUUUCCCUUCUCAGCUUCAGUCCUCCUCUCACAGGCUGCCGCACCAGCCGCAGCCACCGAAACCCUCUUCAACCGCCUCCAAUCCCUUUGCCAGGCAGCUGGCUUCCCACCCUCUUCCCAAUUCUUCACUAUCCUCAACCUCAAGCUUGCCCAGACCAUCGCCGCCUCUAUUUACACCAUUCCAUUUUCUCUCACCUUCUUCCUCUUUGCGAAAUCCUCUGCUUUCGCCUCAUUGAAGAACAGAGCAUUUAAUCAACCCGAUCACAGCAGCCCUCCCGAAUCCGUCUCUUCCAUCUUCUGGCCGCUGCUCCUAACCCAUAUCACCAAUUCGUUCUUAGUUAUCUCCGCAAAUGCAUCGGCCUUCUGCGUCAUGUUCCUCUCGUUCAACGUCUUCGAACGGGUUUUCCCAACUUCCCCUGUUUUCCUCCUAUUGCUCUCUGCUGUUGGAGCGUUGGUUUACUCCGUGAUUCUCGCCAACGUCAUAGUGAUCUGCAACCUGGCGGCAGUGAUCUCAGCGAUGGAAAAAAGGGGUGGGUACCUGGCGGUUCUGAAGGCGGCGGUGAUGAUGCAAGGGAGGGCUUCGACGGCUCUGUCUCUGGCUUUACCGGUGAAUCUGGGCAUGGCAGGAAUCGAAGCUCUGUUUCAGUACAGGAUCGUUAUAGGGCGGUACUGGGUUUAUGAAACGACGCCGUGGUCAAGGAGCUUGACAGUGGGUUUGGAAGCGAUGCUGAUAUGCUAUAUGUAUUCGAUGUUUGUGGUUCUUGACGCCAUUGUUGGAUGCUUUUUCUUCAAGAGCAUCAGGGAUGAGAUCGUGGAGAAGAAAUGUGGCCUUGUUGGAGAGGAAUUGGAGAUGGGUAUUGGAUAUUACGCGAGUUGGAAGGUAGAUGGUGAUGAUGACGACAAACGUGAGGUUCCGUGA